AUGUCUACGAUCACCGAGGUCACCAGCCAGUCCCAGUGGGAGCAGCUGCUGGGCUCCGUGCCCCCGUCAGCCCUCGUCAUCAUCUCCUUCCAUGCGCCAUGGGCAGCCCCGUGCGCGCAAAUGGCGACUGUCCUGUCGACCCUGGCCUCCGAAUAUCCCGUCACCGAGCCCCCGAGCACCGUAUGGGCCUCCGUCAACGCCGAAGACCUCAGCGACAUCAGCGAGACCUACGACGUCACCGCCGUUCCCUUCCUCGUCCUGUUGAGAAACGGCAAGGUUGUCGAGACGGUCAGUGGCAGCAGCGCCGUCAAGGUGCGGACGGCCAUCGAGACACAUGCACGGGCCGAUGCCAACACAACGGCGGGCGGUGACGCCAUGAAUGGCGUUGAGAAGACCGGCGGCAAGCCCGUCGUGGAGGAGGCGCCCGUAGACCCUGUCAAGCAAAAGGAGGAGCUUUUCAAGCGGUUGGGAGACCUGGUCAAGGCGGCACCUGUCAUGCUGUUCAUGAAGGGAACGCCCAGCUCCCCGCAGUGCGGUUUCUCGCGGCAGCUGGUGGGAAUUCUGCGAGAGCAUUCGGUCAAGUACGGUUUCUUCAACAUCCUGGCCGACGACGAGGUUCGCCAGGGCUUGAAGGAGUUUGCAGACUGGCCAACCUACCCGCAGCUCUGGGUCGAUGGCGAGCUGGUUGGUGGGCUGGAUAUUAUCAAGGAGGAGUUGGGUAACGACGAGGAUUUUUUCAAGCCGUACAGUGUCAGCGGCCCUAACGAUGCUGCGGUGGCAUGA